AUGCCUGGUUACUUCGUCCACCAAUGGGAUGUCCGUCUUCGUGAUUUCAUGCCUACCAAUUAUUAUGUCUUCAUCUUCGGCGUCUGUUACUCAUUUGUCCUUCCGUUCCUGAAGAUAGCCAUUCUUGUUGAAUGGUGUCGAUUGUUAGCCCCCCAAGGCUUGAGAUCCAGAACCGUCUUCUGGUGGGGAUGCAUGGCCACAAUUGGAAUCCAGGUCAUCGCAGGUGUCGCCAUAGUACUUACCUUGAAUCUCCAGUGUAUUCCUCACAAAGCCAUCUACGACCUCACCGUUCCAGGGAAAUGUAUCGAUCUAUACAAAAUCCAAUUAACAUCAGCCAGCAUCCAUCUUACAUGCGACGUGAUCAUGUUGCUGUUACCACAACCUGUUAUCUGGACGUUGAAGAUGACGUGGAGGAAGAGAUUAGGCGUUUCGUUCGUCUUCAGUCUCGGUGUGCUGCCCUGGAUAUACCCCCUCAAACUAACAUCGACGACACUGCAGGGCGUGUGCCUCCGCAGCACUUAG